AUGCGUUUACGUGAUCUAUUCCGUGGCCCAUCGACCAACGAACGAAAACUGACUUCGCCCAUCUUACCCGUAUUUGAUUUAAAUACAUUUCUAAAUGCUGUGCACGAUCGAGAUAUGGAUACUUUGCAUAAAUAUCUUGCUGCCGGUUUUCCACCUGAUCAACCCGAUGCGACAACAAAAACAACUGCAUUACAUAUUGCUACCGAAUCAGGUAAUAUACGUGCUGUACAUAUGUUAUUACAAGCUGGUGCGCAAGCCAAUAUAUGCGAUUCAAGUUUGUCAACACCGCUUCAUAUAGCUGCAUACAUGGGUUAUGACGAAAUUGUACAGAUACUUUUGGCGUAUGGCGCUGAUAUGUAUAGACGAGAUAAUACCGGCCGGAAUUCAUUUCAUUUAGCCGUUUCUACUGGGAAUAAUCGUUUAGUUCAAUGUUUUCUUUCGGCUAUUGACAACGAACAAAAUAUACUACAUGCACCAGAUGACGAAAAUUGGACACCAUUAAUGUGCGCUUGUGCUAGUAAUCAUCUGUCUACGUGUGCAUUUCUCUUACAGCAUGGCGCCAAUAUAUGUCCGAUUAAUGAUCGAGGCAUGACAGCCGUUCAUAUUGCUGCGUUUAUUGGUUCAUUACCUAUAAUUUAUGAACUUCUUAAUUCAUCUAUGGACGAUGAACUUAUUUUAAAAGCACUUAAUCAAGGCGACAAUCGAAAUCAAACGCCAUUGUUCUAUGCUUGCAAUGAGGGUCAUCUCGAUAUUGCAUUAAGUUUACUCUAUGCCGGUGCGAAUAUUUAUCAUUUAGAUAAUGACAAUCAAACGUGUUUACAUGCAAUGCUAUCAUCGAGUAUUAUUCUAAAACGUCAUAUACGUUUAUUUUAUCGUUUAAUUGAAUUCGUUGAUUUUCGUCAUUGUCACGAUCAUCUUAGUCGUACAUUACUUGACCUCGCUUAUAUAAAUCAAUUACAAACAAUUAUAUCUAUAUUAAAAUUACUUAACUAUAAACGUAAUUACACAAUUAUUUCGAGUAAUAAUCAUGACGAAAGUUUCUUACCGAAAAUACUUUCACUUCGUCAAAUUUGUAUACUUUCAUUUAAACGAUCAAUUAUUUAUAAUCGAAAUAAAAAACAAUUAUCACAACAUGAUCUAUUAGACAAUGCUUUACAACAAUGUUUUCAAAUAAGCUCAAAUGAAAAUAUGGGAUCAAAUGAACUAUUAUAUAGAAAAUCAUUUGAUGAUAUUUCAAUAUCAAGUAGUAAAAAGAAUUUUAAAUCAAGUAAAAAAUCCCGAAAACCAACUAAUGAUCUUGAACAGCAAGCACAGCAUAUGCAAUCGAGUUGGUCGAUUUUUACGAAUAAAUUUAAACAUCAAAGAUCAACAAGUUCACAACAAGACCCAUUGAUUCUAUCGACAAGUUCAUCACCAUCACCCUCUUUGACAAAUAAUGAUCAUCCAAUGAAAAAUUUAGCUUUGACAAUAUUAAAAUCUUCAACAAAACUCGAUAGUUUACUUGACUUUCCUUCGUUAAAAAAUAACUCAUUACUUGAUGAAGAUAUAAAAACAGCAAUAAUCACAUAUAAUCUUGAAGGAAAUGAUUCAUCGAAUGAGAUAUAA